AUGAAAGAGGUUCGCGUUCGUCGCCAGACCCGGCGUCUCCACCACUGGCCCGAGAUCCAGCUCAAUAUCUGGCUAAUCGUGGUACUAUCCGCCUCCGCAACAUGCCUGGGCAUCUUCUCAUGGUUUAUGAUCGUGCAAUCGCAAAUGGACCUAGGGACACCAUGGCUCUUUCCAUACAUGGUUGUUGUCAGCGCCUUGGGCGUGACGUUCUUCUUCAUCGUCCAGGUCCUUGUGGCUCGAGGGCCGCUGCUGCCAGGAAUUCUUCUGGUGGGAAGCUUCAUUCUCUUUGUUCUCUGGUUGACUGGAUUGAUCGAGACCUCUCUCCAACUGUACGGAGUGUCGGGCAAUGUCAAUGACAACUGCCAGAUCUGGGUUGUGGAAAACGAGUCUCGUGGAAACAACAUCAACACGUUGGCGUGGCUGACUCAAAGUACAAUCUGCAACUGUUGGAAGACUGCUUUUGCGUUUGAACUAGUCAACACACUAUUCUACCUGUGGAUGAUCUUCAUGUCGUGGCAGGUUCACCGAAACUAUUAUCAUUGA